AGCUGUCUUUGGAGGAAAAUGGACCGUGGACACCGAAGCUCGUGCAAGUUGUAGUGCGUUUGUUGUUUUGCGUCCGGGGUGCGGUGACAGAUGCAUCCAUAGACGGAUGAAUAUUGAAAGAGAAAAUCAUUCAUCCGCAUUGGCUUAGACACACAUGCCAUCAGUGGGGCGAGUGCCUUUAUCUCUCUGUAUUUCCAAUUAAUAGGCCGGCUGUGGUAUCAAUGAUCAAUAACAAUGAUCAUAUCGGGUGUAUGACUAAUAACGAUAUCAACAAAAACAAUAAUCAUCAUAAUAACAAUAAUAGAAGAAGAGGAGACAAAAACACUAUCAUUUAUUUCAGUCUGGCGGAUUCUUUAUGUAGCCCAACAUGUUUAAGUAUCGGAUCCGCAUGUUUUUUAAUGAACUGAAAGUCCUGGUUUUUAUGCGAUCCGAUUCGAGACAGUCCAGCUCAGACACCGAGAGAAGGCCCACCACCAUGCGAGGUCUGGGGAUGGGCGGCUGCGGUUGGCCGCCGUUCGUCGACUGCCAUUCCCGGGAUGACGAGGAGGAGUACUACGGCAGCGAUCCGCGGCCCCGGAGCCUGGCGUUCGAGGACAAGGAGCCCAAGCUGUCCGUGGGCCUGGACGCCGUGUCUCUGGCCAGCACCGCCAGCAGCAUGCGGACCCCCCAGUGCCGGAUCUGUUUCCAAGGCCCGGAGCAGGGAGAGCUGUUGAGCCCCUGCCGAUGUGACGGCUCGGUGCGCUGCACCCACCAGCCCUGCCUCAUCCGCUGGAUCAGCGAGAGGGGAUCCUGGAGCUGCGAGCUCUGCUACUUCAAGUACCAGGUCCUGGCCAUCAGCACCAAGAACCCUCUGCAGUGGCAGGCCAUUUCUCUGACGGUGAUAGAGAAGGUGCAGAUAGCGGCCAUUAUUCUGGGUUCCCUGUUCCUCAUCGCCAGCAUCUCCUGGCUCAUCUGGUCCUCCCUCAGCCCCUCCGCCAAGUGGCAACGCCAGGACCUGCUCUUCCAAAUCUGCUACGGCAUGUACGGCUUCAUGGACAUCGUCUGCAUAGGUCUCAUCAUCCACGAGGGAUCGUCCGUUUAUCGGAUCUUCAAACGAUGGCAGGCCGUCAACCAGCAGUGGAAAGUACUGAACUAUGAGAAGUCAAAGGACCUGGGCGACCCGCUGAGCUCCAGCAGCAAGACGGGGGCCCGCGGCUCUCGGGCCAGCCCCCACGGCCUGGCCAGCAGCAGCGGGGGGCAGCAGAGCAGGAGGUUAAGGACUAUCCUGAACCACCACUGUGGGUACACCAUCUUGCACAUCCUGAGCCAACUGCGGCCCAACGACCCGCGGAUCAGCGCCGCCUCCAACCGGGAGGUGGUGAUGAGGGUCACCACUGUAUGAGUCGGACCAGGUGAUGGGAUAGACCUCGUCUUUGUGUCCUGAUGUAAAUGAGAGGACGGACUCAUGGACCUGACAUUAAAAACCACAGACUCACGCGUGGAGCCGAGCGAUGCCGCAUCAACAGACACUGGAGGAUUUCUCCUUUUAUUUCGUACGACAAAAAGAAAGCCAGAUGCUCCCUUUGAAAAAUUAAAGAACGGAUGAAAAGAAGGAUGCAUUAAAAGACAUGACAUGAAAUGUUUGGAGGAGAAAAAAAGUGUAAGCAGGCUUUAUAACCUAAUCCAAGAUGAAGAGACGUUUUUGUUCCAGUUCAAUAUCAGGAUGCACAAAAGACAUUUUCCUUUGAGUUCUCUCUUCUUUGGUUUGAUUUGUAUCUUUUCUUUAUUUUGGUUGGUUUUUCUACUCACUUUGAUUUUGUACGGAUGUCUGAUUUUAGAGGAAAUCAUGUAACUCCAUACAUGCCAGGCGUUUCCAGACAACUAUGUAUAAUGAUCUUAAAACUUCUACAAGAUAACCAACCGAUGCUGGUAAAUAGACCGAAAACUGAAACAGACAUGAGGGGGAAAACACAACUGAACAAUAAGUCCUUACAAGUAAAAAAAUAAAUUAAAAAAAUGGAGAAAAAGGUGAAAAAAAUGAAAUCAGUAAGAUUUCAGUGACACUUAACCUUUCUGCAAUAAAGAUAUGUACCGGUAUGUACAUUACACAGGGGGUUUUGCAUGGGUAUAUCAUUUUAUUAUUCAUCACAUAACAUAAGCACAUGACAAAUUUGCUCUAUUUCGAAUGGUGCUUGCCAAAAUAAACACUUUAGAAACAUCUGAUUUCAUUGCACCAACUUUUUGUCAACGUGACAAAUGGCAGUGUGUUUCAGCUCAAAUACAGAUUGUUGCUGCUGUGUGCUGAUAUCAGAUUUGAUAAUAAGUGAACUAUUGGAUUAAAAAUGGGGAUCAGAUGAUCUCUUACUACUCAGUC